CUAGUUGAACGGCAUGCGUGAAAGCACUAACAGGCCAUGCGAUAGUGAUAUGGAAAAAAAUAAAUUCGCUCCGACACGUUCAGAUCUGAUGUUUCCACCUGUAGGCACGAAAUCAAUCAUUUAUUGUACGGCCGAAUCUUCACGAGCAUUUUCCGGGCUCGGGCGCUUUUACUAAACAUUUUCUUCGCCAAGGGGGUGAAUACAACAGGCAUUAGUGUUCCAACAGUGAAGGAGAGCGCAACUUGUUGAUGUGGUGGUGAGUGAAUUAAUCCGAAUUACUCGGCUGUGUUAGCUGAGCUAAGACGAAGUCCGGCUGAAAGAGUUGAGACGGUUUUCUGGGUGAUAAAUCAUGUGAUCAAAGAGCUACCAAGAUGGAAAUUAGCGGAGCCAGAAAAUUUUAUCGCAGCUGUUCCACUAGGUCUUCUACUAAACCUGUGGCCAACUUGCCAAAAUCCUCCUACUCCUCACCUACUCCUCCGCCUCAUCGCAGCCCCUUAUGGGAAGGAGCUGCCGGCUAUCAACCCUUCGAGUCCGUGAGAAUUGGGUCUCCUAAACUGAGCCUCAGCAGCCCGACUGAGACGGAACGAUGCUUAUCCGAGUAUAACACUAAAGCUCCCAAGUCGCCAAGAUCACCACGCUCACCUUCUGCCCGUAACCAUGUGGCUGCGUCCCCAAAAUCUCCAACAAUCUUCCAAUUCGGCCCUCAAAGCCCCUCAAAGGAGACGGACAGUGGCGACUACUUCGCCAUGAGCUCCAGCUCGGGAAUGUCACGCCACCUUCAAAGGCUUUUCCAGGGCCGACAUGUCAAUGAGAACAAGCCCUAUCACUCGUUGGACUCGGACUCUCAAACAGUGUCCACUUCAGCAUGUUCGACCAUGACCACCAGCCUCAGCUCCAGGCAUUCGUCGUUGAAGGAAAAGAGGGGUAGAAGGCGGCAACUUCCAUCUCCAAACGACUCGAGCACUUCAACCCCCACAGAGCAGCCAAAAGUGCAUCGAUGUCGCAAGUCCACCUCCGAUCUUACGGAUAUGACCGAUGACGUCAACACUACAACUACAGCCUUGAGUCGGUCUGGAUCGAGAAAAGGCUCGAAAGGAAACUUGGCUUAUCUGGCCAGCCGAAGAGGCUCCAGGGGCUCCAGGGAGUCCAUUUCCUCGGUUGUCAGCAACGCUUCCAACGAAGGCCUGGGGCCGUUGAAUUUCCAACAUCCCAGAAACCGCCAGCGAAGAACUUCGAAUUUUCUCGAGCUUCCAGUUCCAGAUCAUAUCAGGCCCAGGGUGUGUUCGCUGCCAGAGAAAACUAUUAAUCCUAGAUUAAGUGACGAUCUCUAUCGACUUCGAACCUUCAGCAUCACUAACAAAGGAGUGGUGAAUUGCGGGGACUCGAUCAUUAAUCGUCGAUCUCGAUCGAACACUAGUGUGAAUUCAAUUACCAGCAGGUCAAAUGUAUCUGGGGAGCGCUCACCUUUUGAUGGUUCCUGUUGCGGUUCCGGUUACCACAGCGUUGGUUCCGACUCGUUCGACUCAACGGACGAAGUGGAAGUUCCCAAGUAUCGGGUGGUCACUCUGGGGGAUGCUGGAGUGGGGAAAACCGCUCUAGUUUCUCAAUUCAUGACCUCGGAGUACAUGAACACUUACGAUGCAAGUUUAGGUAAGACAAAAGAUGAUGAAUUUGGAGAGCGGACUGUUUCAAUUUUACUCGAUGGCCAAGAGUCGGAGAUGGUUUUUAUUGAUCAUCCAGCUUCUGAAAUGUCGGUUGAGAAUUCUCUAAGCACAUACGAGCCGCAUGCCUGCAUAGUUGUGUACUCAGUCACCUCUAGAUCGACUUUUCAAACAGCUGAAGAAAUCUUGAACUACCUAUGGAAGGAAAACUGCACAAGGGACAAAAGUGUGAUUGUUGUGGGAAAUAAAGCCGACCUGGCCAGAGCCAGAGUGAUCACACAAAAUGAAGGAAAAUGUUUGGCUGUAGCCAAAGAUUGCAAGUUCAUCGAGACUUCUAGUGGAAUCCAGCAUAAUGUGGAUGAGCUUCUAGUGGGAAUCCUCAAGCAGAUUCGCCUGAGAGAGACGUUGGAGAAGAAAAAGUCAAUGACCAAAGAAAAGAGCAAAAUGAAGGGAUCCAAGACAAGCCUCCGGUUGCACUUUGCCAAAGAAAUCUUGCAGAAAAUCUGUCUGAACGACAUUAGCAAGUCGAAGAGCUGUGAAAAUUUGCAUGUGCUCUAAAUUUGCCAAAAAAAUUAGUCCUGAAUGUUUUCCAAAUUUCAACACUGAAGAACCUACAUACUACUUCGUGUUAUUGGUGUAUUUUAGAAUUAGCUUUGUAAAUAAUAUAGAAAUAAUAGGUAGAGAGAGGCCUAAAAGUAAUAGUAGAAGUGAAAAACUGUCCUUUAAAAUGUUGGAGAGAGGGAAACGAAAUAAUUACUUGGGGAAUACAGAAACUAGCAAGAUUGAAUAUCUGAAGCUGAUUGAAGGAAAACGGUCAAUAAAAUAAGUAGUACCGUUUUAAAUGUUUCGAAGAACAUUCCUAGCCAAAUAUUUUAUUUAAAUAUCAUUUAGAGUUAAUAGCUGAUAAGAAUACGCAGAGAGUAGCCAUCGUUUUCUGUUUACGUAACAAAGCAUUUCUUGACUUGAACCAAACCAGCACAACUUGCAGCCGAAGAAGUAAAAUAUUCGAGUUUUAUUUGAAUGAGGAAACUGCAAACAGCAGAACUUCACAAUCGACAGUAUAAUUUAAACAAGCACAAUUUACUGAAUGAAGUAAAUGAUUUUGGGCUUACUUUCUGCAGAUUUUUUCGUCCCAUUUAUAAGUCGCGGUAUCCAAUACACGCGCAAGAGGUUGAAAAGCUUUAAUAUUUUUGGUAGAUGUUUGUUGUUAAACUACUCCUCUUAAACUAUAUAAAAAAAUAUAUGUAUAUUUUCUCAAAACUUUGUAAGACAAUCAGAUAGUGACACUUUUCUAUCGUAGCAUAUAUCUCCGUUUCUCGAAAUAUAUUUCAAUGUUCUGGUUGUAUACCCGUGAGUUUACAGCAAUAAAAUGAUAAAAUUCCA